GACGACAGGCGGCUCGGACCAUGGCGGAAGAGGACGACGCGAGGAUUCGGAUCCUACAGAGCCUGCGGGGGAAGAUAUGUGAAGCUAAGAACCUGGGCCCAGUCUCGGGUCCAAAUCGACAAAGGGAUCUCUGCACCGUUUGCACCAUAAGUCUGGACCAGGAGGAGGUGUUUCGCACCAAGGUGUUUGACAAAAGCGUCAGCCCUUUCUAUGGCGAGGACUUCUACUUUGAGAUCCCGCGUCCAUUCCAGUGUUUAUCCUUCUAUGUUUAUGCCAAGAGCGUUUUUCAAAGGGACCUAGCUGUUGGCAAGGUAUCAAUCCGGAAGGAUGACCUGUGUAAAUACAGUGGGAAGGAGCACUGGUUCAGCCUUCAGCCAGUAGAUCCUAACUCAGAAGUCCAGGGUAAAGUCCACCUUGAGAUGAGAUUGAAUGAAGUGAUCACAGAGAACGGCUCAGGAGGUCAGCACUUACUAGUCAGGAUAAUAGAGUGUCAGGAGCUGCCUUUAAUCAGCGGGCAGAACUGUGACCCCUAUGCCACCGUGUCACUUGUUGGACCUGCCAGGUCUGACCAAAAGAAAACAAAGGUGAAGAAGAAAACCAGCAACCCUCAUUUUGAAGAGACAUUCUUCUUCGAGGUCACACGAUCCAGCAGCUAUUCCAAAAAGUCUCACUUCCAAGUGGAGGAGGAGGACAUUGAGAAACUUGAGCUCAAAGUUGAUUUGUGGAACAAUGAGAGUCUGGCUCAGGACGUGUUUCUUGGUGAGACGCGGGUCCCUGUCAAGAUCCUGCGGACAGACCACAUCCACAAAGCCUGGUAUCUCCUCCAGCCUAAAGGGAACGGCAGCAAGUCCAAGUCGGAUGAUUUAGGAUCCUUACGUCUGAAGCUGACCUACAUAGAAGACACCGUGCUGCCAUCUGCCUGCUACACACCACUCUGCAACCUGCUGCUCAAAUCCCCAGAUGUGAAGCCCAUCUCCGCAUCGGCAGCACACAUCCUGGGGGACAUCUACAGAGAGCGGUACGAGGCUGUUCUGCCCGUGGUCCGACUGCUGCUCCACCACAAUCGCUUUGUGCCUUUUGUUUCUGCUGUGGCAGCGCUAGAGCUGGACAACACUCAGGAGGCUAACACUAUAUUCCGUGGCAACUCACUGGCGACACGCUGCAUUGAUGACAUGAUGAAGAUUGUGGGGAAAAAUUACCUGGCGGUUACCCUGAAGCCUGUAAUAGAUGAGAUUUGUGAAUCCAACAAAACCUGUGAGAUAGACCCUGUCAAACUAAAGGAAGGUGACAACGUGGAGGUCAACAAGGAGAACCUACAGGGUUACGUCCAGAAGGUCUUUUCCUCCAUCACCCAGUCCAGUUCGACCUGUCCCCCGCUCAUGUGUGAUGUCUUUAGGUCACUGAGACACUUGGCCUCUAAGCGGUUCCAAGCCGACCCUCACGUUCAGUACUCAGCUGUUAGCAGCUUUGUUUUCUUGCGGUUCUUUGCCGUGGCCGUUCUUUCUCCACACUCCUUCCAGCUACGCUCACAUCAUCCUGAUCCUGAGAUUUCCCGCACGCUCACUCUCAUCUCAAAAACCAUCCAGACUCUGGGCAGCUGGGGUAGUUUGUCAAAAAAAAUGUCUAGUUUCAAAGAAACCUACAUGUACGACUUCUUCAAAUCAUUCCAAGAGGACAAGUGUAUCGAAAGAGUUAAAAAGUUUCUAGAUGAGAUCUCCUCAAACGUCAGCAAAGGGUCUAGUGGGCUGGAGGACGCAGUGGUUCUCAAGGAGGGGGAAGUACAGAAACGUGCCCAGGGGAGGAAACGCCUGGGGAAGAAAAACUUCAAAAAGCGAUGGCUCAGAGUGACCAACAGGGAGCUCUCCUACCACAAACACAAAGGGAAAGAGGCCCUCUGCAUCAUCAACGUCAAAAAUAUCCAGGCGGUGGAGAAACUGGAUGAAAGUGCCUUUAACCGCAAAAAUAUGUUCCAGGUGGUCCACUCUGAGAAGCCUCUGUACGUACAGGCUGGAAACUGUGUGGAGGCCAGUGAGUGGCUGGAUGUCCUGGGUCAGGUCAUCCGCUGCAACGAGGGACGCCUGGCCAACUUCCACACAUCCAAUUACAGCGCUGGAGCCUGGCAGUGCUGCAAAAACCAGAACAACAAUGCUCCAGGCUGCAAGCCCUGCACAAUCACUGUGUUGGUCAACCUACAGCUUGACAUAGACUGCGAUCGGGAAACGGAGCGAAUUUUCUCCCUUCUCUCUUCAAACGACACCAAGCUGCAGGACAUGGAGGAUGCAUGUGCCAGUAUGGCAGUAUACCAGGGCCCUCAGCGGGAGCAGGAGGAACGCUCAAAGUUCACCAUUCAGGAACCCAAAGAGACGUUCCAGACGCUGAAGCAGCUCCGCAAUGUCAUGGAGGAACUUCAGAGGCAGCACAACAUCAGGAACGACACCACGGCGCAGUACGGCAGCCUGGACAACCCGAUAGUGGGGAAAACCUCCUAACCAGGCCGGGCAGGUGUGGCCUGAGAGGGUCGAACCAGCAGGUGUCAGUACUUCACCAGCAGCGCUGCAGUGACACACUGGCGCCAGGAGUUGUCCCGCCAACACCAGCUGAUGUGAGUCCAGGAGAAGAACAACUGAUACACCCUGACCUCCAGACACCCUGACUCCACCCCCGCCACGCGGGAAGUGGAUGGAUUGCAAGCUUUUU